GUUCCAUAGAAAGCUUCCUCCUCCACAGUCGUUUAGAAAAAUAUAUAAUCGAAAGGAGUUUAAAAGUAACAUUUGCUUAAGACACAAGAUCAGAGCAGGAACAAGAAACGUCUGCAUCUUCUUCCUUUAUGUGAAUUGGUGAAGGACCAUAAUGUCUGCUGAAGAGCUACUUCUAAAAUCACUAAAGAAUCUGGAAACAGAGGAACUAAAAGAGUUUCAAUGGUUCUUGAAAAGUCAAAAACAAGUACCAGCGUCUGAAUUGGAAAAUGCAGAUAGGAUUAAAACAGUGGAUAAGAUGGUGGCCCAUUUUGGACAAGAAGAAGCAGUGAAGAACACGGCGCAGAUCCUGAGAAAGAUAAACCAGAAUAAUCUAGCUAUUAAGUUGGAGAACGAUCACAAGAAAGAAAAAAAUGCAACAGGCACGACUCCAGCAGCCCCCCCUAAUAUAACAUCUUCUCCAACUACCUCUCCAGUCACUUCCCCCAACAUUCUUCCCUAUACCAGGAAUGACUUCCUAAAAUAUUCCCUUCAGCUGACUCUGGAUCCGAACACAAUGAAUAAACGCCUCCUUCUAUCUGAGAGCAACAGAGUAGUUACUUACACCAACAACACCAUCCAGUCGUAUCCUGAUCAUCCAGAUAGAUUUGAUUAUUUUCAUCAGGUGUUGUGUGUAGAAAGUGUGUGUGGACGCGGUUACUGGGAGGUGGAGUGGAGUGGAGAUGUGUAUAUAUCAGUGGCAUAUAAGAGCAUCAGUAGGAAGGGAUCGGGUGAUGAGUGUGCUUUUGGACAUAAUGAUCAAUCCUGGAGCUUGUUCUGCUGUCCCUCCAAUUACACAUUCAUACACAAUAACAAGACUGAUCCCAUUGUAAAGUCCUUCAUCAGCAGUAAAUUAGGAGUGUAUGUGGAUCACAGCGCAGGGAUUUUGUCUUUCUACAGCAUCUCAGACACAAUGAGUCUCAUCCACAGAGUCCAGGCCACAUUCACUCAGCCGCUCUACGCUGGGAUUGGGGUUUAUACUGAAACAUUAGUGAAACUGUGUUGAAUGUUGAUGAAUCAGAAUUGACAAAAGAUACCCAUAAUGCUUUGAGCUGCAUAAUAAAUCAGUAACAGUGAGUUGUUGUAGACUCUCCUCAUUACACUAUUUGACAGGUGAAGUUCUAGCACUGAAAUAACAUGUCAGAAUAAAUGUGUGUGAUAAAUCCCCAUAUAGACCAUAAGAUCAGUGUGUUUGUGGUUCGCAAUGAGUAACGGUGUGUAUUUUCUCAAACUCUGUUUGUGUCACUGAAAUAAUGUCAGAAUAAAAGUGUGAAUAAAAGAAAUUCUCAUAUAGAUCAUAAAAUCAGUGUGCGUCUGAGUCACAAUGAGUUGCUUUUCUCGAACUCUGUGUUGAUGGAGAUCGCCGUUUAGUUCUUAAUGCAGUGUCACAGAGCCUAAAUUAUUUAUAUUUUUUUAAUGUAGAAUUGUGAUUUAUG